CUGAAGCUUGAAACUGAAGUGCUGGAUGGAAAGCCGAGGCUAAUUUUAGCUUCUUCUGAUAAAUCAAAGCCUGCAAUGAAGAUGGGUAAUAAAGCCAGAGCAUCUAAACAGGCACUGAGAAUAAAGCACACUGGGCAUAGCCUGAGGUCAACACAGGAUGCUUGUAUCAAGCAAGAAAAUCUAACAAAACCAAGGAGUGAAUCAAGCUUAUCCAUGACAAAAGGUGAAAAACUCCAAGUUUCUAAACACUCCUCACAUGAAGCCACAACUAAAGGUCACUCUUUGAUUUUCCAAAGAGACAGCACAAAUAGAUAUCCUGAUUCAGAGGAUCCUAAUAUUGUUAAGAAAACUAAACAGAAACCUCAAACCCCGUGUGUAUCAGCUGAAGACUCAAGUUUGGUGUGUUUAACACAAGAACAGCUUCAACAGAUAUUGAUGAUUGUUAAAGAAGGAACUAGAAGCAUCUCUGAGGCUCAUAGUGAAAAGCAAGAGGAAACAGCUACUAAUGAGGCAUCAGAGGAAAACAUUAUAUCAUCACUCCAAAAAGAUUCUGAAGUUUCAUCAGUUCCAGAUAAAGCAAACUCUGAUUCAAGUGGGAAACAAGAACACCCACAGCCACGACAGAAAGUUAUAAAGGAUUCGUGGAAACCUGCUGACAUAUUUAGUACCUUGGGUGAAAGAGAAGGGGAGAAAGCCUUACUGGAAUUGAAAAAGACCCAGUGGAAGAAGGAAUUAGAUGAACAGGUAGCACUAAAGAAGAAACUGAAAGAAACUCUGGAGGGAGAGGUGGGGUAUUUCUGGGCAAAGCCUGGCAACAAUAAAACCCAUAAAGAGAAAGUGGAAGCUGCUGACCCAGAGCAGACAGUGUUUCCAGCUGACUCAGUUAAUGCCACUGAGGAAAACUGUGCCUGUACAGGUGCUUUAGUCCCAGAGGAUAAUGAAGUUCCACUGAAUGUUUCAGGAGCUCCAGCUGGGCAGUCUUCUGAUUUCAGUUCUUCUGAGGUACCAGCUGGCAGUUGCACAGCAUUUGUUUUCAGGGAAGCUGUGCCACAGGAACGACCUUUUAGUGAUCUGAAGCAUGAGCAACAGAAGAAGUGGCUUGAAGAGUUGGACAAACAGAAGGAAAAAGCUAAACUACGAAAAAUAGAAGAAAAACAUAAUUUGUCAAAGGCAGAAGACCAUGACAGAUGGGCAAUGCAUUUUGAUUCUUUUAAGAACCACCUUAAUGCUAAUGCACAACACUCCGUAAAUGGAAUGCACAAAAAGCAGCCUGGAAGUCUUUGCCUGUCACCUGACCCCAAGGACCUGACUGCUUUUAUUCACCCUUUUUCACCUGCACCUUCAGGCAAUCUCAUGCCCUUAAAGGUGGGAAAUGUAGAAAAAGCUGCUAAAACUGGUGCUUUGGAACACAAUCAGAAAGUCAGUUUCCUCCGUUCAAUGACAGCUCUCCUGGACCCUGCACAGAUUGAAGAGCGAGACAGGAGGCGGCAGAAACAGUUAGAACAUCAGAAAGCAAUAAUGGCUCAGGUGGAAGAAAAACGGAAGAGGAAACAACUGGAGGAAGAGCAGAGGAAAUGGGAAGAACAGCAGGAAGAGCAGCGCCUGGCGCGAGAGCAUGAACAAAUGCAGAAACAGUUUGAAGAAGAGAUGCUGAAACAAAAACAAAAGCAGGAACUUGUGACUCUUAAAACCAAAGAGCUCUGUCAGACAAUGGAGAAAGCUCAGGAAUUAGCCCAGAGAUUGAAACAAGAAGAGCACAUUCCAGACUUGGCUCAGAAGGCACAUGACAUUUCAAAACUUCAGAACAAUCUUGGUGGUGGUGAUACACAACUUGAAAAUUGUAAUUCUGGCAUUUCACAUCAAAGCAGUAACUUUUCUGAUGAUGCUACGAGUCACACAGACCAACUGACUUCUCCUUGGAGAGACACUGCUGUGCAGACAG